AGCUGAAGGCGAGGCGCGGUGGCAACUCAGCAGGGCCGAAGAUCGUCACAAACGAAGAGCGGCGCUCAGGAGAAGAUCACAGCACUUCCAACUACGCUGAUUGGGCUGAAGUCAUCCCAAAUAAUCAAGUGGCCAUGGGGGAGACGGGGGACUCUCACUCAGAGAUGAAGACCUUCUCGGCCCCGAGACCCUUGCCCAGGCUGCGCUCCCAGAGUGACACCUCAGGCUUUGGUGCCAGGAUCCUGUCCAGGCUCAGAGGAGUCCGCUCAGUUGAUGGUUUGGAGAAAUCGUCAUCACUGGCCAGCUGCGACGUGGUGGUGGACGAUACCCACAAUACACGGCAGCAGCGAGGCAAGCUGUCCACUCUAGGAAGACUGUUCAAACCCUGGAAGUGGAGGAAGAAGAAGUCCAGUGACAGGUUUCAGGAUCUUUCCAAAGUAUUGGAGAGAAAAAUCUCAACAAGACAAACCAGAGAGGAGCUCAUCAAAAAGGGAGUACUCAUCCCGGAACAAGACGAGGGCGUCAGCAGAGGAACUCAGAAUGGACACGCCACAUCCAGCGUGUCGCCUGAGCAGGUCAAAGUUGAGAUGGAAUCCACGGUGACAGGCCCCGCCCAGCAGGCUGCAACACCUGUGAGCAAUGACGACAACACAGAGAGAAGGGAAUCUAAGGCCAUGGCCCGGGCUGCUCAGGCUAAAAAAGCCCCGACCUCCUCCAAGCCUGCGGGGGGCACUGUGACCCGGCACAGAGACUCUUCCUCUGGGGCUAAAAAGACUGUUAAAGCCCCGGGGAAGCAGGGCUCUUCGGCGCAAACUAAAGCUAACACGCGGAGCGCUAACAACGCUAGUCGUGCGAUUGCCAAAUCCUCUCAUCCAAAGAAGAGCCAAGGGGGCGGGACAAAAGCCACCACCCCCAAUCCCGCGCCUCGCUCUCGACCACCGAAGGACCCUGCACCACCCAGCGAAGGCGGCGAGGCGCGGACCACCCAGAAAGCAGAAAACGGAGCAUCCUCUGUUUCUCCGAAGGCCUCCUCAGAGACUCCCAGUCAGCCCGAGGAAGUGAAAUCCUCUGACAGCUCGUCUAAAGUUCCCCAGGAGACUCCGCCUGCUCCUCAAGAGCCUCCAGAAGACCAACCUCCCUGCGCUGAUGCUCCUGUGGGACAAGACACCACCCCCGAUACCCCCGCGCUCCAUUGUGCGCAUGUGAACACUGCCACGGAGGACACUUCCUUCACUGAGGCUGAGGGCGACCCCCCGGAGGAGGAAGAACCAGGGAGGAGUGCAGAAGAUGGGUGUGAUGCACAGGAAGACCAUGGAGAGUCUGCAGAGGAGUCCUGCUCAAGGCCUGCCGACUCUGACGCGCUGAAGCCACAGGGCGGCCUCAGCGUGAACACGGAGAACGCGGAGGUGACGGUCAUCCCUGAUAGGCCGACAGCAGAAUGCCAAACCAGCGACUCGGACUCUGACGGACCCAUCCUGUACCGUGAUGAAGAGGAGGAGGAAGAGGACGAGUACCUUAACAGUUCUCUGGCCAUCAAGAUCCGGCGACGAGACACCCUCAACAUCAAACUGGGCAACCGACCCAGCAAGACCGAGCUGGAGGAGAAGAACAUCUUACCCCGCAGCUCAGAGACGGAGAGACUGGAGCUCCGUCAGCAGAUCGGCUCCAAGCUUGUCAGGAGCUUGAGCCAAAGACCGAGCACAGAGGAACUGGAGCAGAGGAACAUCCUCAAACAGAAGAACGAAGCAGAGGAGCACCAGGCCAAGCAGGAGAUUAAAAGGAAACUCUCCAGAAAGCUGAGCGUGCGACCCACGGUGGCAGAGCUCAUUGCUAGAAGAAUCCUGCGCUUCAACGAGUACGUGGAGGUGACAGACGCCAAGGACUACGACCGGCGAGCAGACAAGCCCUGGACACGCCUCACACCUGCUGACAAGGCUGCCAUCCGCAAGGAACUCAACGAGUUCAAGAGCAGAGAGAUGGCAGUUCAUGAAGAUAGUAAACACUUCACCAGAUUCCACCGGCCUUAAUGUCAGCAUGGAAACCUCCACCAAGUCCACAGCACCACCUAACAAAGCCAGGUUUGUCCAACCUGUGGAAGUGUUGCACACCUUGUACCCGCUCGCUGCUCACUGCUCACUAGCAGUCCUCUUAUUUAUUGUUGGAGAACAUCUUUCUUCUCCCUGCUACAACCAAGCACUCUUCCAGCUGGCUCAAGAGUACUAAAGACAUUCUUGUGAGCUGCUGUCAAAGGAGUCAGGCCUUGUCCACAAGGGGGCGCUACAUCAUGUUGUAUUAGCACCAAGUCAUUGUCCACAAGGGGGCGCUACAUCAUGUUGUAUUAGCACCAAGUCAUUGUCCACAAGGGGGCGCUACAUCAUGUUGUAUUAGCACCGAGUCCUUGUCCACAGGGGGGCGCUACAUCAUGUUGUAUUAGCACCAAGUCAUUGUCCACAAGGCGGCGCUACAUCAUGUUGUAUUAGCACCAAGUCAUUGUCCACAAGGGGGCGCUACAUCAUGUUGUAUUAGCACCAAGUCAUUGUCCACAAGGGGGCGCUACAUCAUGUUGUAUUAGCACCAAGUCAUUGUCCACAAGGGGGCGCUACAUCAUGUUGUAUUAGCACCAAGUCCUUGUCCACAAGGGGGCGCUACAUCAUGUUGUAUUAGCACCAAGUCAUUGUCCACAAGGGGGGCGCUACAUCAUGUUGUAUUAGCACCAAGUCAUUGUCCACAAGGGGGCGCUACAUCAUGUUGUAUUAGCACCAAGUCAUUGUCCACAAGGGGGCGCUACAUCAUGUUGUAUUAGCACCAAGUCCUUGUCCACAAGGGGGCGCUACAUCAUGUUGUAUUAGCACCAAGUCAUUGUCCACAAGGGGGCGCUACAUCAUGUUGUAUUAGCACCAAGUCCUUGUCCACAAGGGGGCGCUACAUCAUGUUGUAUUAGCACCAAGUCAUUGUCCACAAGGGGGCGCUACAUCAUGUUGUAUUAGCACCAAGUCAUUGUCCACAAGGGGGCGCUACAUCAUGUUGUAUUAGCACCAAGUCAACCCUGGAACUGACGGAAGGAUUUUAAACUUUUAAAUGUUGCAUUCAGUCUUUUUAGCUUGUGCCAAAAAGCAAACAAUAUUUAUAUUUCUUCUUUUUGCUCAUCUUUCCCAACACCCGUCUCCACAAAGCCACUUGGGAUGCUUUUAUGGCAUUUAAGUAUAAAAUGUUGAGGCCUUUAGCGCGCGCUAGCUAGGUUGUGCUAAAACAUUGUUACAAAGCUGAAUUGUGUCCUCACAAUGCUGCUCCUACCCUAAAUGCUGCUUUUUGUCUCAUUCCUCAAACUGAAAGUAGAUGAUAUUGAAGUGGCAAAUGUUAGCAUUUUGCUAGCUACGUAAAAACAACCCUCAUUUCCAAGUCUGCACUUUGUAUUUAUUCAAAUAAUUCUUGCUAAGAGCGUAGUGUGAUUGACAAGAUACAACAACAACACCACAAAGUGAUUCUUCUAAAGAUCUUUUCUUCAAUAUUUGUUUUAGGGUAAAACAGAAGUUAUAAAAAUGUUGAGUCAUUCCUUCACUAGCAUCAUAGCUAGUGGACCCCGACUUAAAGAAGUGUAAAAACUUAUUGGGGUGUUACCAUUGAGUGGUCAAUUGUAGGCAAUAUGUACUAUACUGUGCAAUCUACUAAUAAAAGUCUCAAUCAAUCAAUCAUAGCUAGCUCGCUAACGUGCUUGCGCUAACUGUUAAAAAGUGGACACAAUACUGCUUCCAUGCUAAAACGCUGCUUUUAGUGUCAUUCCUCAAAGUAAAAUAUGAUAUUAAAGUGGCAAAUGUUGACAUUUUGCUAGCUAACUCAAAAUAACUCAUUUCCAAUUGUUUUGAAGUCUGCACUUUGUAUUUAUUAAAAUGCUAAAUGCUUCUUGCUAAGAGCAAAGUGUGAUUGACAAGAUACAACAACAACACCACAAAGUGAUUCUUCUAAAGAUCUUUUUCUUCAAUAUUUUCUUUGGGGGGGAAAACAGGAGCUAUUAUAAAAUGUUGAUGAGUCAUUCCUUCACUAGCAUCAUAGCUAGCUCGCUAAUGUGCUUGCCCUAACUGUUCAAAAGCCAAGUUAAUACUGCUUCCAUGCUAAAACGCUGCGUUUAGUGUCAUUCCUCAAAGUAAAAGUAGAUGAUAUUAAAGUGGCAAAUGUUGACAUUUUGCUAGCUAACUCAAAAGAAGCCUCAUUUCCACAUUUUUCCAAGUCUGCACUUUGUAUUUAUUAAAAUGUAUGAGUUGUUAUUUCUUACCUGAGAAACAAAAGUUGUGUUUGUUUCUCCAACAAAAAGUAGAAGUUUGUAGUAGCGAGUGAGCACUUGGAGAUUAGCUCGGGCUUUUGUUCAAUCAAUCUUCCAAACAACAGAAUUUAAAUCUGAGAACCUAAUCAGCUUUUACUUCUUUUUUUUGGAGCUGCUUUUGUUUCUGAAACAAGACUUUUGGUACCACUUACAGUAAAUAUGAAGACCUCGGACUCGCCAAGCUGUGUUAGCUUAGCAUAAAACUGGACAGAUUUUUAAAUGGGAUGCUUGGAUUAUGUUUCAGAUUGUUGUGUGAUUAAUGCGCGCUAACAAAAAUAUUCAAAAGCUUGCUUAGCUAGUCUCGCACUUCAGUAUUCAUGCUAAGCUAGGCUAGCUUGCACUUGCUAAGAGCGAAGUGUGAUUGACAAGAUAACUUUGCUCCAACAACAACGCCACAAAGUGAUUCUUCUAAAGAUCUUUUUCUUCAAUAUUUUCUUUGGGGGGGAAAACAGGAGCUAUUAUAAAAUGUUGAUGAGUCAUUCCUUCACUAGCAUCAUAGCUAGCUCGCUAAUGUGCUUGCCCUAACUGUUAAAAAGUCAAGUUAAUACUGCUUCCAUGCUAAAACGCUGCGUUUAGUGUCAUUCCUCAAACUUAAACGCAAGUAUUCCCAAAAGCAUUUAGUUAGUUAGCAUUCUGCUAGCUACACCUGGCUCACUUUCAAGUGCUCUAAUUUCAAACCUGCACUUUGUUUUUAUUCAAAUUCUGUGAGUUUUUAAUUUAACUGGGAAACUAUUUUUGUUUUUUUCCGACAAAACUCCCAAAAUAGACUUUGAAGUAGAAAGUAGACGGCUUAGAGUUAGCGCUUCUGUUGUUUAGCCUCCAAAAUACUGAAGUAAAACAGCAAGCUUAAUCAGAACCUUCAGUUUGGGGCCUACUUUAGUCCCUAAACACCAUGUUGGGGACCACUUACAUCUCAUGAGCCGCUUCGCUACUUUAUUUGAACACAUUAAGAUGCUAGCUAGCCAUUCAGUCCUCAUGCUAAGCUAUCUUGCUCUCUGACAAUCAAAGUGUGGCGCUGAUUACAUCUGUUUGCUACAAACCACAAAGCAAAAAAGUGUUAAUUGAAUAUUGUUUUUUAGCCAAAUGAGGAGCUAUUAGCUUAACGAGGGGUAGCAUUCUGACAUUGUGUACUUCCUGCCUUCAAAGAGAUGUUGUGUAUGAACAUAAUGAUGAUAAUAAUUGCCUUCAAAGAGAUGUUGUAUAUGAACAUAAUGAUGAUAAUAAUUGUCUUCAAAGAGAUGUUGUAUAUGAACAUAAGGAUGAUAAUAAUUGUCUUCAAAGAGAUGUUGUAUAUGAACAUAAUGAUGAUAAUAAUUGCCUUCAAAGAGAUGUUGUAUAUGAACAUAAGGAUGAUAAUAGUCAAGCUCAGGCCUAAACCCUCAAACUCUUCCAGUGUCUUGUCAAAUGAAAGUAAAGUGUAAUGUGUGAAGGUAAACUUGUACAGUAUUUACUUCCUGACAUGUAUAUGAAGUAUUUUGUACAGAAUGUGUCUGGCUGCAUGUGCAUUUAUGCCACAAUACAAACACCAUGACCUAAA